UUUCUUUUCAACAAACGGACUUAUAAACCGAGUGUUACCAAAAGGAUGUCAUUACAUAUUAUUGUCCAAGUGUGAUGAAAACUCCAAGAAUAUAAUUCUGUCCUCGACAUCAGCUUGGUACAAAUUUCAGAACAACAACGAUCUUUUGUAUACAUUUGGUAUAACCUUCGUAGAAAUCCAGACCGUUAUCCUACCGUUGUCAAUUUCCGGUUUACAGGACAUACUUCCUUCGUGGUUGAAGUUUAGCUAUACGGGAAACGACGUUCUGAGUGUCAAUGAACUGCAAACCGAAUUAAAAACCGGCGCCGAAAUAAACUUCGGAGAUUGCAAGGGUGCACCGUUGAUAAACAGUCGAUUUUAUCAUGUUUAUCGGCUUGGGCAUGGUUUUGCUAUGGAAAUCUAUGGUCAAAACAUCACCCUGCCUCAUCCGUUUGCGAACAGGGCAUACUGCAUUAUAACCGAUCUAUGCGAAGACCUUGGGAAUACGGUAAUUAUCAUUUUACCUGAAGGCUCAAGAGAUGUACUUGAUGAAGUCAGUAUGUUUAAGUCAUUGAAGCAAAGCAUUGGGUUAAUAAUUCAACUCAUUGGUAUAGGCUUAUCAUUAGAUGGAAGUAUUCAAAACAAUUGGAAUAAAGAAAUCAACUUUUGGCGAGGUGGCGACGAACUAUUUUCUUAUCCUAUUCAACUAUCAGCCAAUGUCUGGAUCGAAGGCAAGGCUUCGCUGAGCAGUAGGUUUCUCCAUGUUGAAAGCAGAGCUAACGCGCAUGUUGCUGUACCAAAUCUCAAAAUGAUUAUAAAAAGUAUUUUUAUGGACGAGUGGCGUUUAGGAGUUUCUUUAACAGCAACGGCUGAAUUGUAUUUUUACUUUGAUUUCUUUGGAAAUAAUAUCAGAAUCAUUUUGCCUUCUGAUGGAGCCGUCAUGCUAUACGGGUCUUUGGGAGGUUUGCAGAAACGUAAUUGGUGCGGACCGUCUGCAAAUCCACCAGGACUGUUUUUUAAUGUUAAAGUGGGAGUAAGUCCAUUUCGGGAUAUUCCAUUUUUGAGAUUCAUCGACAUCAACCUCAGUGUGGGUAUACAUGCCUUUAUGUUAAGCGAUCCAACUACGAGCAUAACCAAUUUUGACAAGACCAGUAUAGUCGAUGACCUGAUGUUACUCAUCAAUGUAACAGAAAGAUUUGUGAAGAAUUCAAAGCGUGCAGCAGUGAUAUAUGCAUCGAGGCUUAAAGACGAUUCGGCUGAGUACUUGAAGCAACUCAUUCAGACGGCUAAUGAGAUAUUGGUUGCUUUAACUUAUCUCCUAAACAAUGUUAUACAACGUAGUGUGGAUGAAAGCCUUUUAGCUUAUAUGGGAAACGAAUUAGCUCCGAUUUGGCAUUCAGAAAGAAAAACUCUUGAAAAUGACGCGCGUAUGUUUUUUGAAUCUAUCGUUACCAACAGCUUAAGCUUAAAGAACACAUUCUCCGGAUUGUUUUCAAAUGCGAUUUACGAUAUUACAUCGCAAAUGGGAAAGGUCAUAGACAGACUGCUAGGUCAAGUUAGUCAAAUUACAACAGUCAAUGAAGGAUUUGGGAUUAAAUUAUAUGGAGAUCUAACACUGUUUGGACUUGUUUUCACUGGACUAGAUAUUGAAUUUGUGUAUUCAACAGGUACACUUUUAUCACACUGUGAUCGUUAUGAGUUUGCUCAGAAUUUCCUGAAAACUGAGAAAGCAAUUCGAUUAUUGGCCGUAUUCAAAGGCGUUACACAAAUCGGUUUAUUUCUUAGAGUAGAUACAGGUCUAGGACUAGCGAUAAGUCUUGAACAUAAAGGCAAGUUUGCUUUAAUUGCUCGAGCUGAAGCAUCAAUGCUCGGCUGCAAGGGUCGUGUAGACAUGUAUAUUUCUCAAAAAGGCUUGGAAUUUUUUUGGGAAGCAAAAAUAUGGUCUUCAUUUAAGGCACAGCUGGACGUUUCUUUUCACACACAUCUUGAUAAAAUGAAACACGCAAUUCCGGUAUUGCAAAGUAUAUCUUUAAAUGUAAAGGGUCGUUUUAUUGCGGAUGCGGACGGCGAUGGAGAUUUCGCAGACAGCUACGUGUCGGCGCUUAUUCGGUUUACACAACAUAUUGCUGAUGAGGCAGACGCUCGUUUAAGUGGAAUGCAGGACAGAUUGACAGCGGCUCAACGUGAUAUAACUGCUGCACAAAAAUGGCUUCAAAGUAAAAAGGCAGCUGUGGAUUCAGCACAUACUGGCUUUGAUAGCGCAGUUAGAGCAUUAGGGGUUGUUAAGUCAAAACUUGAGGAAGCGAAAAAACCUUUUCAAAACGCCAUUAAUGAAUUGGAAAAUGCGCAACGCAAUGUUGAUCGACUGUGUAAAAUUAGAGAAUGCAGUCAAAUAUGUGUUCAAGGUUUAAAGUGUAAUGUGUGCCAUGCGAAAGUGUGGUUUAUGUGGAUACCGUAUCCAUGCUGUGUAUUUACGAGCUGUAUGUUUUCUUUUCCUGACCCGAUAUGUAUUAUAGCAAACGGUUUUUGUUAUGUACUGCGUGAUAUAGCCUAUGCAGUUCUAGAGCUAGCCCAAUUUGCAUUGCGUGUACCGAUGCUCGUACUCGAUGCAGCUAAGGUGGCCGUGUCUGUUGCACAGGUGGUUGUAGAUAGAUCUCGUGUGGUUUUAGAUAUUGCUAAGGUAGCUCUGGAUAUGGCAACUAUUGCUUUAGAAGGUGUCAAACAGGUUCUCGAGGUCGCAAAAUUAGCUCUUGAAGCGGUAAAAGUCGUUGUUAAACUCGGAAUUGCGGCACUGAAUUUCGUAUUGAAAUAUGGCUUGCAAUCGUUGAUCGAUAUAAGGAAUUGUCGCUUUGAAAUUGAGCUUUCAACUAGCGAUUUACCAAUAUUUGAUGUCAAGUGCGAAGUGAAUGCCUUCAAAACUGGUUUCGUACCCGUUGGUAUGAAGAUUAAUUUUAAUGAUCCCAUACAAAGCAUCUGGAAUGCUGCCAAAGCUACGAUUGAGAUGAUACUCAACAAGAUCGGCAACGUUUUUUCUGGCAGAAAAAGACGUGAAAUACGAGAUAAAACACUAGCCGGUCUGUACACGUCGAUGCGAUUUGCACGCAACGCCGAUGUAGAUGAUGCGCAUUUUGAAAUGUUUGCAAAUAAGACGUUUAAUGACACUUUUAAUACGUAUGAAAGCUCAAAUAAAAGCCAGUCAGAUGAGUAUACGUAUAGGAAACAAUUGUUUACUGACAAAUGCCUGCUAUUCAAACGUAUUCAUGUGUUUUUCCACGACACAACAAGCACAUUGUCGGAGUUGGUGCACGAUACUGCAGCUUCGUUGAAGAAUAUUAGUUCUCUUAAAUGGUCCCUGCAGUCAAUUAAUACUCACGAUAUUUUGAGCAACUUAUCAUAUGAAACAAUCGGCGUCGAUCCGAAGGUUGCCAAUUAUGAAUUCAACAUUAGUAUUUCUGAAUUGCAGAACACAAUUGACGGUGCAAGAGAAAACAUUUCAACAGAUCCGUUUCUAGUCAACCUAGUCUCUUUUGUAGAGGAUGCUAGUACGUUUAUGGAAGCUGAAGCUGAGGGAGCAAACAAAAUAAUGAUUGUAAACCAAUGGAUUGCUGCCAUGAAUAAUAUCACUGUGAAGUAUUUUGAUAACGACACGUGUGUUUCAUUUCUUGAUUGUACUCACUAUGCCAUUGCCGGCUUGUACGAACAGUUUAUGGCUGUCAAUGUAACAAAUCAGACUGAAAGCCUAGACGCUGUAUCGCAAUAUGAAGAUUUGUUUUUACUUUUAGUAGGCAAUGGUUCCCAUACCAUUGAGGACGUUGAUUCAAUGGCGAUGCCUUUAUUACUGACUAUAAAACAAAUGAAAGAACACUACGUCUUUUGUUCAAAAGCUCCGGAAAUGCUUGCACCUCUGCGAAAUCUUACUGUUGAGACUGGGUCCAAUGUUUCACUCGUCUGCAACGCAACGGGCGACCCAACACCAAACUAUUGGUGGUACAAAGAUUGGCAACUAUUUUCCGGUGAAAACAUGAUGUUUUUACAUAUUUCCAACGCAAGAGGAAACGAUUCCGCUGCGUAUUACUGCAAGGCUGGUAAUUUGAUUGCAAAUUACUCGUUUGAGGAAGCAUACCUGAGCGUAUGGGAUAAUAGAGACGUGGUUCUUAUCGAAGACGCCAUCGGAGAUAUUGACCUAAAGGAAUGUUUAUUCGCGAAUGGAAAUUGUUCGCAUACCUGCAAGAGUACAUAAGGAUCUUACCGAUGCAGUUGCCCGUCAGGAUUCCAACUUCAAACCGACAAUAAAACUUGCACUGACAUAAACGAAUGUUCUCUCAAGAAUGGCAAUUGUUCGCACACCUGCAAGAAUACACAGGGAUCAUAUCAAUGCAGUUGUCCAUCAGGCUUCCAACUCCAAACCAACAAUAGUACCUGCACCGAUGACAGCAAAGGCUUCCGGCUUGCAGAAGUCUUAGUUCCUGCAGUGGUAGUACUUUUAGCGGGCAUAUUUGGCGCUGCCGUUUUUCUAGUUUGGAGACGGCAUAGAAGGUUAUAUACGUUCACAGCGCAUGUCAGGAUGAGUAACUUGGCAGCGGUCCAACCAAGGCCUGAUGUGGUCAACCAAAUGUGAGAACCAGAAUCGUGAUUGGUGAUGCGCGAAAGAAUUAACUAAAGACUUAACUAACGAUGAUGGAGCUGCACUUUGUGGUCCGUGUUGAAGGCAACAUUAGACUUUUUCUAUUUAAAUCAUAUAUGUUGUGUUUAUUAUUGUUAAUCACGUUUCAAUGAAGCGCUAUGAUUGGAUAAUUUUACAGACUAUUACGAUAAGGGUUUUAACACGUAUUCAAUGUAUCCCACUUUUGAACAAUGGAGUUGUUAUAGGAUUGGUGGAUGUAUUGUGUACCCUGGUGUUAAGUCAGAUUGUAUGCUUAAUGCAUUUGUUUGCCUUCUACAUAAUCAAAGCUUAUAGCAUUAUUGUAUAUAAUGUGCUAUUACAUGUAUUAAGUUUUUAUUAUUUCACAGUAUCUCUUAAGCUAAAACCAUGUGUAAAUGUUGUCAAAGCAGGAUUAUGCUUGGCAAUUUUAACUGGCUGUCUUACAUCUUAAAUACAGAAAUGACGACCUAGAAUUGUUCAUAAAAAACAUUUGUAUAACUCGCUAACAUGAACCCAGACUGAACUUUGUGUAUGAAUAGUUUACAGUACUCAUAUUAGAAUGUUCAUGUUUGUUCUUCAAGCAAGUGAAUAAGAUAAAGAAUAUACCAUCAAAUACAGUCAUGGUCUUAUUAAUCAUGAGUAACACGUGCAUAAACAAGAGGGCCUUAGGGCCAAAAGCCGCUCACCUGAGAUACAAAGGAACUGACCCGUUCUGUGCAGCCCAAGAUAUAAAAAGAACAAAUGCUCUGACCAGGUUUCAUGAAGAUUGAACUAUAAAUGUGACUUUGAGAGUGUUAACAAGGUUUAAUUAUAGCCAUAUGAGGAAAAAUGCCCAGCUCCCUGGUGGCCAUGUUUUUCAAUCAACUGAAACCAUUUUAGAACUCAUCCAAGAUAUCAUUGGGACAUAUCUUCUUACCAAGUUUCAUGAAGAUCAGACAAUAAAUGUAGCUUUUCAAGUGUUAAAAAAACAAGGUUUUACUUUUAUAGCCAUAUAAGGAAAAAUGCUCCAUCCCUAGCAGCAGACCAAAACCAUUUUCAAUUUCAUUCAAGAUAUCACUAACACAAAUGUUCUGAUUAAGUUUCAUGAAGAUUGGAAAAUAAAUGUGGCAUCUAGAUUGUUUACUAACACUCUAGAGGCCUCAUUUAUUGUCCAAUGUCCCGCCCCUGGCGGAUAUAUUUUUCAACCAACCGGAUCCGUUUUUGACCUCGUCCAAAAUAUCAUUGGGACAAAUCUUCUGACCAGGUUUCAUGAAGAUCAGACAAUAAAUGUGGCCUCUAAAGUGUUAAAAGGGCAAAUAUUGAUGACACAAGACGGACAAAAGGUGAUCACAAAAGUUCACCAUUGUGCUGUGCUCAGGUGAGCUAAAAACAAGGUUGUGUAUAAAUAUAUUGGACACAAUUAUAUCGAGUAAUUACUGCUAUUAGAAUUCAUAAGCAUGGGUCACAUUUUGUAAAAUAUAUCAACAUAAUAAUAUGCACAAAAAGGAUUUCAACAACACACUAAAUGGUGCACUUGUUUCACAUCAGUCAUGUGUGAUGAUCUGGUGUAUGUAGAAUCUUUACAAGCUCUAUUAAUGUAUACAAUUUAUUUAUUUUCACAAUC